GAGAAACACGUCCGACACUUGUGCUCGCGCCCGCCGUCGAGGAGGAUUUGUGGGUUCUGUUCUGUGUUCUGGCUAUCGCAGAAAAAAAAUCACACACACACGGACAGGCUCGUUUGUGUAUGUGUUUGUGCUGCAGUGAAAAUGAAACGGCAAUAAUGUGUGGUCGCCGCGGAGCCCAAAAUAUGGCAGCAACCGAAAUGUGAAUCCAGAGACUGUGGAAUACGUUUUUCCGCCAUCCAUCCCAGUGCUUCAACCUAACAAACAAAAAAAACCUGCAGCUUCCGCUCAGAAUCUGCCACAAAACGAAUCGGAUCGAAUCGAAUCGGUUGGGAAAUCGCAAUCGGAAUUGGGGGUCGAAAUCUAGGCGCAAGCAAAACAGUGAAAAAAAAUAGAGAUAUACGAAUACAAAUACGGGUAUAUUUUAGUGGCUGUGGCAAGGCAGAAAUUCGUAUGUACUCGUUGCUCCUAAAUACAUACAGACACAGCGCCCGUGCCCGUGCCCGCGACCCCCUCCUUGCCCACUCACACCCCUGCUCAAUCGCCUACCCUACCCACACCCACCCACCCCCCUCCAUUAACCAACAACCAGCGCUGUCAAAACCAAAGCACACUGCAUGUGAAUGUGUGUGUGUGUGUGUGUGAGUGUGUAAGAGAGAGUGAGUGAAAAUAUUAACGGAAGCGCACAGCACGAAAAAAGGAGAUAAAUAGUGUGAUAGAGAGAGGAGAGUGGUGUGAGAGAGAGAGAGAGAGAGAGUGGUUAACUGUUAACAAAACAACAACAGCAGCUGAUUUUGUGAUAAAAAGCGACCGAUCCCAGAUCCACCAAAAACCAAAAAAACAACCAAAAAAACCGCGCCACAGCGACACCACAACGUUCUGUGAUAGUGCAGCACACGGUACACGCUGCAGCUGUUGCAACAACAACAAGAACUAGGCACAACAAUCAGAGACGGCAGGCGACCCCCGCAAGGAGAAAGAGAGACGGAGGACACACACACACAGAGGGCGAGAAUCACGCAUACGCCCCAUCAGCCCGACCUCCGCUGCCAACAAUCGAAUUACCCCCACUCACAAACACAUACGGGAGUACCGUGUAAUGACUAGCACAAGAAAUAAAUAAAACUUAACCAAAAAAAAAUAUAGUGAGAGAGAGAGAGAGAGCAAGAGCGGGAGAGAACCAGCUCCAGCUGCUCAUAAAUUUCGUAACGCUUUUGGGUGUAAAUGUGCCCCUUGGUGCAGGGCACGCAGUGAUUGAGUCGUUUGUAAUUUGUGUGCCGUAAAUACAACAAAAUAUGUAAAUGCUAAGGGCGCCCACCCACCCACCACCACCACUACCACCCAAAGCCAGACAGGCAGCCAUCCCACGCACAAACCAAGGAACGGAGCACAGCAGAAGGGUGGAGCAGCAGGUGCAGGAGAAUCAGCCCAUUAAUAAAAGAGACAAAGAGACAAUCCCACUAAAUUAAAGCACAAGAUCAAAAGGAAAAGGAUCCGCUGCUCCUCAAGCCACAAGACGCACAAAAGAAGAAGAAAAUAAUUCAGUUCAAGACCAAACAUUGUCAUCGGAAAGUGGAAGCAGCGGGAAAACCGUUAACGGUUGAGAUACAAGAAGCAGAGAGAGAGAGAGAGAGAGCGCGAGGCUAAAGGAAAUCGAACGAUAACGGGAGAGAGAGAGAAAAAGAAGAAGAGCUGGAGCAGCAGUCGAUAAAAAAUUAUUAGCAAAAACAUAAAUACGUAACGGUUUCGGCUCUCCACCACCACAUUGCCAUCGCUGCCAGAGAGAGAGAGAGAGUGUGAGUGGGAAGAGCGAGAGAACAAGAGAACAAGAGAGCCAGGGAGCCAGUGAGUGGGUAGGUCAGUGGCAGUGGGCGGUCUGCCAGCUGUGGCAGCCACAACACACCAACACCAACAACAACACCAAAGCCAGCGUCAACGUCAAAUCUGAAAGGGCAGCGAAGGGCCAAAUGUCCUGUACCGUUUCGGAGCUGCCAAGUGGCUGUCGACUGCGCGGCGUAAUGACUGCAUCCACACCACAGAGCGCUGCUAACAAUGGCGCCAAUAGCGGGGGCAACGGAAACAACGGUAACGGCAACGGGAAUGGCAAUGGCAACGGCAACGGUGGAGGGGGAGGGGGCAGCGGCAGUGCCGUUUCCGUGUCCGUGUCAGUAGGGGGUGGCGGCGUCACGGCAGGCAGUGCCACCUCAAAUGUACUGCAAGAGUCAAAUGCGGCAACGUUGCAGCGGCCGCAGAAGCCGUGCUGUUUCUGCUGGUGUUGCUGCUGUUCCUGCUCCUGGGGCAAAUGUCUGGCGAUCAAGAAUGCCGAUGAAAAUGCGCCCACGAAGCGUGAUCUCGCUAAUUCCGAAUUCCUAGACGGCGAACAACCCACAUUAGAGGAAAUCCGUAGCUGGGGCAAGAGCUUUGACAAGCUGAUGAAGAGCUCCGCUGGUCGAAAGGUAUUCCAGAACUUCCUGCGCAGCGAAUUCAGUGAGGAGAACAUAUUGUUCUGGCUGGCCGUCGAGGACCUCAAGAAGGAGAACAGCGCCGAGGUGGUCGAGGAGAAGGCGCGCCUGAUAUACGAGGACUACAUCUCGAUCCUGUCGCCGAGGGAGGUGUCGCUGGACUCGCGGGUGCGCGAGAUCGUCAACCGUAACAUGAUCGAGCCCACUACGCACACCUUCGACGAAGCUCAAAUACAGAUCUACACUUUAAUGCACAGAGACUCAUAUCCGAGAUUCCUAAACUCUCAAAAGUUCAAGACACUCGCUCAAAUGCAAGACAAUUCGAAUGCCGGCUCCAAGGCGGAAAGUCCCACUUAGAUCGCAUCGGAUCGUUGUCAGUCCUGCGCUGUGUUGAUUUCUGUAGUUGCUCUCCAUUAGUAUUUCCUUGGUUUUGGGCCACGAAGUCCCCUGUAAUAGCCGCGGUUGCCUACCAGCCCGCUGCCACUGCGCCGCUGCUGCAAUCCCCUAAGCAAUAUGUAUCCAUUAAUAGAACCAUUUAACCAUUUUGCGUGCAGCCCCCGCAGUUGGGACCAGGGCAGUGGGCGAGGCGAAUAGCCGGGGCCAGGGGGCCCCGAACAAAAGCAAAAGCAAAACCCAAAAUCCAAAACCCUUAGACGAUAUGCAUAAUACGUGAAACGGAUUCCUUCUCUACCUAUAUUCUAGUCGUUAACAAACCAAAGAGAUAGGAGCUAAAUUAAUUGUUUAAUCUUAGAGUGUGGAACGGAUCGGAGUCGGGAAACGAAACGAAACGAAACGGAUCUCCGUGACGUGACGUGACGUAACGUGACAUGACAUUAUUCAAGGCGGUUCCGGAAGCGUGCGAGGGAAACAGCAGCUAGGUGUAGUAUUAGUGAUCUAAGAGACGUAUUAAUCAAAUUGCAUCAGAGAUAACGGAACCGUGAAGAGUACAGUACAUUUACCGUUAACCGUAACCGUAAACCGUAAACCGUAAACAGAAAUACUUUUUCCAGAGAAACCCAAAAAACCAAAAGAACUUUUUAAACGUAUUACAUAACUUUAUAUUAAUAUAUAAAUAUAUAUAUACACGCAUAUAUAGUACUUACAUACAUAUAUACAAAACCAUUUAACUUAACUAGUUUUGAAAACGAUUAGGAUCAUAUAUGCAUAUGCAUGUACAUAUGUAUGUAUGUACAUAGAUAGUAACCCUAUUAUAUACAUAUGUAUGUAGAUGUGUAUGUAUAUAUGAGUGACGACAUCGAAGCAUUUUUUGUAAAUACCACAACAGGCAGCAGCUCGCACCCUCUCUUUAUAUGUAUAUUUAUACUACAUAUAUGUAAUCCUGUACCGAUCAAGACAGUGCAACCAACACCCCUCCCCCAACACCCAAUCAUCAGCCCACUAUAAUGCCUCAUCUUCCGAUUGAGGUCCGAUCUAGUUGUUCCCAAUCACCUCUUCGAAGGCAAGCUAACUAAUACUAUAUUUAUAGUUUCGAUUCGCAUUGAUUUCCAAAUCGAAUGAAAACGUUUUGCAAUAUCACUGCCAACAAAGAAAAAGAAAACAGAAGCAGAAACAGAAACAGAAAAUGGAACAACACAAAAGAACACUGCAGUCUACAGACAUGCUACUAUGGAUCUAUAUACAUAUGCCUUUACUUCCACCCACAACCAAAACCACACAGCUACACAGCGAGACUUCCAACAGUAACCUCCUCGCCCCACACCCAAUUGAUUUACGCAUUCAGACUAACUCUUCAAAACAAAACUAUCCAACAACAAAAGCCACAGUAUUAUUAAUAAAAAAAAAAACAACUAAAAAUGCGAAACGUAU